AUGGCCGUCGAGCGUAUCGAGGGUGAGCCAGCGGAAGAGGAUGUUAGAAAUGAUGAAGAUGCUCUAGACUUGGACCUCAAAUUCGAUUUCGAGGAAUGGUUCUGGACUGAGUACUCCUUGAGUGGUAGCUUCUACGGAUGA